AUGGCAUUGGCACCGUCAGCCUCCGGUUUCAAAACUCCGUCAACAGGCCCCUUGCUCAUCUUCGUCCUCGGCCCACCCGCAGCAGGCAAAAGCACGCUGUGCGAAGCCAUCACUGCAGGGUAUAAUCUCGAUCACUUCUCCAUAGGGGAUGAGAUGCGCUCCCUCGUUUCUUCACAACCUACCGGCAACGCCGCGCGCAUCAAGCCCAAAUUCUCAGCCUCGGAGCUCGAAAUCUUCACAAAGAGCGUCCGAGCCGGAACGCUGGGCCCAGUGCAUCAGACGCCGAUGUACGUCAAAGAGCGCAUAUUUCCCGAGGGCACGGAUCCCAAGCAUGUCAAGAUCUUGAUCGAUGGGUUUCCGAGGCAGGUAGAUCGUUGGGAAGCGUUCAAGGAGAGUUCGAGAGGUUUGUGGGAACCUAAUACGGCCAUUGCUCUCAUCAUGGCAGUGGACAGAGACUUGGCGCGUGAGAGGUUUGUGGCUCGGGGAAGAGCUGGAGAUGUGUUUGAGAAGCGCUUCGAUGAUUACAAGGCGACGAUUGGGGAUAUUGUGAAUGCCAUGCGUGGGGAUGGCGUGAGUAUAUAUGAGCAUUGGGCUUCGGAAAGUGCAGGUGCAGAUGAUAUGCUAAGUUUUUUGGAGAUGGAUGAAGAAUGGGUUGGUAUUGUUGGUGAGCGUGUGGAUAGAGCAAUAAUUGAAAUGUUUUCGACUGUCUUUGUUGUUCGUGCAUCGUUGCAAAGUGCGACGUAUGGAUACGGAAUGACCCGAAGUGUGCAUUCGGUUGGGCAAGAUGAAUGUCAUCUCGUGGCAAAGGUGGAACGUCAUCACGCAGGGCCCGAAAAAAGUUGUCGGCGGAAUAUUCAUCCCACCUUCAACCCCGCGCGUCACAUCCCCCUCCUCCCCGCACACAACAUGGAGGACGACCGAGCAGCAACAAACUUAGGACCUGAAGCGGAGGUAGACAUUGCUGAGGUCACUGUGCCCGUACAAAAGCAACCAAAGCGGCGGUUCGUGGGCAGGAAGACGGCGGAGAGGACUGGCCAAGAUGCGGCGGCCGACCCAAAUGCGAAUAUCGAAGACUCGAGUGCGAUACAAGUCGCUCAACCCCGCCGUGCUGCGCGCGCGUUGAAUGCGAUUCCUGAUGCCAUACUCCACGACCCGGAAAUCAACGACGCGAUUGCGCUCCUCCCUCCAAACUACAAUUUCGAGAUUCACAAAUGCAUACACCGCAUACGAACAUCGGGCGCCAAGUCGAUCGCAUUGCAGUUUCCUGAAGGACUGCUGCUGUUCGCCACGACCAUAUCCGAUAUCCUCACCCGAUUCUGUCCCGGUACCUCGACACUGAUAAUGGGCGAUGUCACCUAUGGCGCAUGCUGCAUCGAUGACUAUACAGCACGAGCGCUGGGAUGCGAUCUCCUCAUUCAUUAUGCGCACAGCUGCCUCAUACCAGUAGCCGUGACCAAGAUUGCGACACUGUACAUUUUUGUCUCCAUCAGCAUCGACACGGAACACCUCAUCAACACCAUCACAGAGAACUUUCCCGUAGGCAAAACCAUUGCACUCGUUGGUACUAUACAAUUCAAUGCAACCAUACACGGCAUCGUGCCAAUAUUGCGACGGGAAGGUUAUACCCCCAUAGUCCCGCAAAUCGCACCUCUGUCCAAAGGAGAGAUCCUUGGCUGCACAUCUCCAUCUAUGGCCAUCAAACCAGGGCAACUUAAUGCUAGAGGUAAAGAGGAGGAGGUUCCAGACCUGAUACUGUAUCUGGGUGACGGCCGCUUCCACCUAGAAAGCGCCAUGAUCGCGAACCCUUCACUGCCUGCCUACCGUUAUGAUCCAUAUUCUCGCCGUCUCACGCACGAAGUCUACGAACACGAUUCGCUGUACGAUCUCCGUCGGACAGCGAUUCUCACAGCUCGGAAAGCUCGGACAUGGGGCAUUAUCUUGGGAUCCUUGGGCCGUCAAGGAAACCCCCACACAUUAGCACUCAUCGAGAGCGAGCUUGCACGGCAAGGCAUCAAGUCCGUCAACUUACUCAUGUCAGAAAUCUUCCCAGGAAAAUUAGCCAUGAUGUCAGACGUUGAGGCAUGGGUGCAAAUCGCAUGCCCUAGACUGAGCAUCGACUGGGGCUACGCGUUCCCACGACCUCUUCUCAGUCCGUACGAAGCCCUUGUCACGCUUGGUGUGCGAGACGCGCCAUGGCUCAAUGAGGAUGGAACAAAAGGAAAGAUACAAGAGAGAGAAAAGAAGAAUUUGUAUCCCAUGGACUUUUAUGCAAAGGAGGGCCUUGGCCGUACCACGGCAGACCACGUUAGGGCAGUCGAAGCGGAAGUUCAAGCAUGA